AUGCCCUGGUGGGCGCUGCUUCUGGCGGUGGCCGGAACCUCAUGGGCCCACGUACGACUCACAUUUCCUCCGGCUCGACAACCCGAUCUCGACUAUUACAGUUCAGCGAACAGUCAGCCACCUUGUGGUGUUCCGAAACCACCCAUCAGCGAAGGUGUGCGGACAUUCCUGAAAGCCGGCUCUACCGUUGAUCUACAAUGGAUUACUGCUAUUCCACAUAUGGGUGGAAUCCGGUUGGAGGUGCUCAACUCACUCGAUGAACCCAUCGCGAUCUUCACCAACUUUUUGGAUCCGUACAACAUUACGAAAAACGGGAAACAAAUCGCGCUGCCACCACAGUUUGAAUGUGCGAACUGUGCGAUAAGAAUCACACAUCAAGCAACCGAAUACGGUGACGACUAUUUUUUCUACAGUUGUGCCGACGUGAACAUCCUUAAAGGGGACACGUGGAACGACAAUUAUCUUAUCACACUAAAACUUGUCGAUUGCGAUGUUUUUUGUGGCUGUGAAGGGAGACAUAGUACUCAAAUCCCUGAUGGAGACACCUGCUUAUCACAUGGUGUAAGAGAAGAUGGGAGAUGCAAUUGCCAGCCUCGUUAUUACGGCGACUACUGUCAGUACAGUGCGUCGUGUUCAAACGACAAGGACUGUGGGGUGAACGGAGAAUGCGAGGUCACCUCGGACACCGCAGACAAGCAAUGCUUCUGCGCUGGUGGAUUCUUCGGAGACCGCUGUCAUAAAGAGAGCGCGGUCAUCAAAUCGCCAUCGGAAUUUGACGAGUCCAUCUACAACGUGAAAGAGGUGGAAGACAAUCAAAUCUUCUGGAGGAUAAUUAACGAUGAAAUCGAAGUUGUUCUACGGUAUCCAGGCCAAUCGUGGGUGGCUAUCGGUUGGAAACCACAAAACGCUGAAUGCCCACAUAUUUCUCCGCAGUAUGAAAUUUCAGAAAAUGUGUCAACGACAGAACAUUCACUGCAACGAAUAGAAGUAACAAAACCAACAACAGUUGGUACAACGUCCACUUCCACAACUUCUGGAACUGUUAUCCUGAACGAGAGCACUGCCAGUACUUCCACCUCCACUACCACUCGACCCACUAGUUCUGCCAGCAGCGAGGAUUGUGGUCCGAACGAACAAUGGUCAACGUGCCCGGAGACGUCGCGCGAUUGCGAGCCAUCGUGUGACUGGACGAAAUUCCCGGAAACUAUUCCAAAUUGCCCACGAUCAUGUGGUGCUGCACGAUGCGUAUGCAAGGAAGGUUUUGUUCGUAUGACGAACGACGAGGACGCAUGUGUUCCAUUCGAUUUCUGCGACAAAGAGUCAGAGCCUUCUUGCCCAACGAAUUCAACUUGGGCGAAGUGUGGGACUGCUUGCGAGCCAAGCUGCUCGAACAUGUACGACACGGCGCCAUGUCCUGCCACUUGCGAGAAAUCCGCAUGCACUUGCGCUGAUAAUUAUGUGCGACACAACGGAGAUUGUAUAUAUUGGGGAGAUUGUCCUGAUAUUGAAAGUCACUUCCACGACACUAAGGAAACCACUGAGAUAGUUCGUGUUUCGCCCGUUUCAGUGGAUGUCCCAAUGCAAACGCAGACAUCGUCGACGACAACACCACGUCCUGAAAGCCUGAAAUGCGCCGUGAACGAGACAAUCGUCGAGUGUGGCCGAGUUUGUGAGCCGGACUGUGUAUCAAUUUUCUCUCGAAGUGAUUGCGAUCAAUGUGGGACACCGGCUUGUGCAUGUAUGCAAGGAUAUGCGCGGAAUCCUCAAGGAGUGUGCGUCUAUUGGGGAGACUGCCCCGUUGAUGCUCUAGGACUGCAAACCAAGACUACCGCUACGAUACCAACUUCAGCACCCAAGGUCCAUAAAUCAAGCAAACUUAAAGUCGGUGGUGACGUCUGCUACGGUGAUUUCCGUUAUCCAACUGGCUGUUCCGAUUGCGACUACAAGUUGUCAUGGAAUUAUAUCGAGGAGACGGAUGAGAUUGAGUUUUCAUUGGAAACUAAACUGAUGGCGAAUUCGUGGACAGGACUCGGCCUGAGCAAAGAUGGAUCCAUGGUAAACGCCGACAUGAUGAUAAUAAAGUCCUUCGGCGGAAACCUCACUUUACACGACAUGUACAGCGAAGGCUACGGCGCCCCUUCAGAAGAUUCAGAACAAAAUCUAUUUACUCCAAAUGUGAUCGGGACCCACUCGAACGGUGUACUUCGAGCACAAUUUUUACGAAAACGCAACACAAACGACAAGCACGACAAGUCUUUCACUGACGAGUGCUGGAAGAUGAUGUUCCCCGUUGCGGGUGGUAAACUUGAUGAAAGCGGCAACAUUACUGCUCAUGUUGUUAAUCCGCUGAUAUCCGAAAAAGAGGUCUGUAUAAGGAGCUGCCGAGAGGAAACGAAGAAAGACGUCGGUGGUGCAGCAUGCGAAAACUCGUACCGAUAUCCGGCAGACUGCAAUGGCGAAGACUGCGAGUACAUAGCCUCGUGGAACUAUGACGAAAAAGCGAAAGAUGUCCGUUUUGAGAUCUCAAGCAAAAACAUCGGCAGAUGGACAGGCAUCGGAUUUUCCAAGGAUGGUCAAAUGACCAACUCAGACAUCUACACUGGAUGGGUAUACGAAGGCAAAGCUUUUGUGACAGAUCGUUUCGCGUACGGUCGGCAGCUUCCUGCUAUUGAUCCGGCUGAUCGUCAAGAUAUCUACGACAUUGGAGGGAAAAUCGAGGAUGAAACACAGACGUUCUGGUUCCGUCGACCUGUCCUCUCUAAGGAUCGCCUUACCGACUAUCAACUGGACCAAUGUUGGUAUUUCCUUUUCCCUAUUGGAGGAGGAAGAGUACUUGCACGGAAAAGCAGCGAUUUCACGAAUCCACGCACUCCAAUAGGAUAUCACGAUCUAUACCAGCCCAGAGCGUCUUCGAGUAGAAUCUGUAUUUGUGAUGGAUCCGGCAAGCCAAUAUCGGAAGCUCGUGCACGAAGUAAAAGACAAGCCCCUUCGGUCGUUCCAUCCACACGAUCUUCUCAUGGCAAGCCGAACGCAAUGGAGUGCACAGACAUGGUAGUAGGAUCGGUGAUUAAUGGACGUGGACGAGUACAAGACUUCUAUUCGCCGUCUAAGGCUACGCCACGGCCGGAUUCAGCCUUCGGCGGAUCCGACUCCCUCACAGCCGCUGCUGCAUUUAACGAGGACGGUGUCACCACCGUUGUGUUCCGGAAGAAGCUUCAAGCUGAUGAUAAAUGGGACCAUAGCAUCCGCGGACCGAUGACGGUUAUCUGGGCGAAGGGAGCUGAUCCCGACAACUAUCAGCACACUACCGGAGGAGCGCCGAUUCAGGCGGAUCCAAAUUUUUUCACCGCUAACUCCUUCAAGUAUCAUGGCCGCAAUCAUCGUGGAGUGCUCACUAUCGACUUUUCCGAAGAAGCAAGGAAGGAGAAACUGCAUCAUGGUCUUCACAUCGACACCUCCACCUGCUCCGGAGUAUACACCUUCCCGGCGAAUUGUGUAUCUUAUGCGGUAGGAGAGGAAGAUAAAGAAGAGCAGUGCAGAUACAUUAUCAGAUGGAUCAGUGAUGGUGAUGUGGCCAGAUUCAGCUUGCAGGCUUUGAUGAAAACGUACGAGUGGACCGCUAUCGGUUUCUCGUUGGAUGGAGCGAUGGCUGGUUCCGAUGUGGUUGUGAUUGGGCUUCAACAUAACAGUAAGCUUAGAAAAGAUGAAAUAACGGUCACGGAUCAAUUUAUGCCUAAUUAUGGACGUCCAGUUAUCGACGAGCAACAGGAUAUCUUCGACGUAGAAACAUCAUACAGCGAUGGUAUUCUUACCGCGAACUUCUCGCGUGAGCUAUACAGCGAGGAUAAAAACGACAUUAAUCUCCAGAAAUGCGUUUUCCUAUUGUUUACUCCUGCUGGAGGUAAGAUCGAACCGAACGGAGAAAUGCGGAAACAUGGCGAGACGCCGAUUGCUAGUAGAACGAAGGUCUGCUUGAACACUUGCUCCGAGGUUCCCACUAAGAGUGUUACACAAACCCCUGAUGCUGGUGAAAAGGAUGUCUCCAAGACCACUACCGAACCGAAAACAAGGAAACCAGUGGUGGUACCGAAGAAGAAACCUGAACUGCAUAUUCCUCCUCUCAUUAAAUCACCUCGCCCCUACGUCGUGUUUGAACCUACCGAAGCCGUUAAAUCUCGCUACAGACUACGUGUACGCAUUCUUAACAAAGAUUAUGUGUCUGCAUUGGCCGAUCCUCAAACGGAAUAUUACCAGAGCUUCACUAAAAGUGUUACUGAUGCUAUUGAUGGUCUUCUGGCUAAGCGCUGGAAGGGUAUGCAGGUCUCCAAAAUAUUCGGUUACUCGAAAGGAUCAGUCAUUGCUGAAUUCGAGGUAGUAUCCACAACCGAUGUACCUCGUCCGAUAGAAGUAAAGAGUCUACUAGAGGAGAACGCAAUUCGAGGAAGCAUAGGAGAUCUGGCCAUAGAGCCGAGCACAAUCAAGGCGCAUACGAUCGAGCCAGAAUCGACUGAAGAGAUCGUGUUUGGUAAAGCCUUUGUAAGGAACCUAAUCAUCAUUGGAGCUGCUGCACUUUUGUUGGUGAUUGCUGUCGUCUGCACAUGUUGUCUCCUCUGCCGAGUGAGGAGAACUACGAGAUAUGAUUCCUACCCUGUACCACACCCCACCCCAUAUCUGUACGGGAAUGGCAUAGCGAAAACUCCGGCCGGCUUCGACAACGCUGCCUUCCUCACUCACCAGAGGCACUAUUCUCAAGCAACAACUGCUUCAACAAAACCUGGAGGAAAUAGUCCCCAAUCAGCAGAAAGCAGGGAUGAGACGCCUGGAGGAAUUGGAGAGACCACAUACCAUGAGUGGUAUUCGAAGGUCGGCUCAAAGCCUGCAUCGCAGCAUCACGAGGAAGCCCUCACGGUACCUCGACCUCCGUCUGCUACUCCUUACGUGUCGUAUCCAAAUGACCCUUCCGGGUAUUACACCUUAGGUGGAGUACCGCCAGCGGCAUUGUUCCUAAUUGUUUUCUUCAACGGUGCGGUCGCUCAGUGGGAUCCUAACCAUGUUUCAAUCAACGAGAAACGGAAACACAUUGAAGCUGACUCGAGCUGGCUUGACAAACGUCAACAAGAAGUUCAAAGAGUAGCACUAGAUGCUUCGAACAAAGAAAAAGUUAUUCUUGAUCUGCUGAACACACAGGAAAGGUUUUCUGCAUCCGCUUCUGGUAAUGUCGCUGCCGCAGAAACAUUUGACGGGAAAAGAGCGCAAGUGCAGAAAAUCGGCGAUAAAGGAGGCAUCGCCACUGUAGACGGUCAUAAAGCACAGCUAAGGACCAAGGAAGACGAUUCUGGACGACACGCCUUUUUGAAGGCUGAUGGAAAGUAUGACCUCGACACCAUAGCUAGUGGAGAUCUCAAAGAACCUGGUAAAACUGCAUUUGCUGCAACGAAUGAUAGGUUUGAUUUCAAUCUGAAUCCGGCGACUCAUGACAACAGCACGGGCACUGGCACUCUUGGAUUCAAUGACAAGGAAAAAGGCAAAAGUGGAAAUUAUGCGUACACUAUUACGCAAAACGGGAAAAAAACCGAUGCAACACUCUCAGCGCAUGACAUCGGUGGCGGAAGCUUUGCCGAGAGUCUUUUCGGUAGACGUAGCGAGAAAUAUCACUGCACAGCCGAAACACCUGGAGUUUCACAAUGUUACGAUGCUCAGGGACGAUCGGUUGGUAAAGUAGUUGCUGAUAAAAAUGGAAAUACUGUCGUCUACAACGAAAAAGAUGUCCCAAUCGGCACUGGAUCGGUGAAAAAGCUCGGGCCCAGAAGCUAUGAGGCUGUAAUAUCCAAGAAUUUGUUCAUUGCUCGAAUGAAAGAUGCCCGUUCCGAGGCCUGCUGUCGCGAAGUGUCAGGUCACGACUGCGAACAACCGAUCAAGCUCGCUAAUCCUUCUUUCUCACACCCCUCUAACCGUGAUGGCGAUGGUACAGUCCAUCUGACCUGGCCAGACUGUUUCGACAUGGGAAUUGAUGUUACUCUGCCGCCAGGUGUACACAUUAACAAACUAGCGAUGAAAUUGGACGUAUCGAUUCAACCAAUCGGAAAACUUCGAUGUAUGGAUGUGGCCACUUGUGGCCGUGAAUGUUUCUACUGCGAUUUCUGUAAGGAGAGCAGAAAGUUAAAAUUGCUGGAGAAUACAGACGGAAAUCUAUGUCGUGCUACCGCAGAGAGAACGUAUCGGCUAACUGUGAAGCUUUGUCCACCACCUCAAGAUCCUAAUUUCACUAUGUGUUCUGCAUUUUCAAAGUCUGUUUGGCAGAAAGAUUACUGGCAGAAACAGGGAGCAGUUGACGUUUGGAUGAAAUUCUACGAACGUGGACAAACUCGUCCUGAGCUAGAAAAGGAGUUCUUCGCGCAAAUCGACAAUCCUCUCCUUGGCAAAGCGUUUAAACUCGCAAUCAUUGCUGAAUGGCUGGCGGCAAAUAGCCUCGAUCAAGGAUCUUACACACCAACGAACUCGGAACUUCUGGAGUUCUGGGUAUCAAAGAGAGACCCCGAUCGCCUCCUCGCGUGUCAACAUGCCGUCGUCGACUACGAAAUCGAGGGUGCAAAGGUGAAAACGAAUGUACUAUUCGAAGCGGCCACCACAGCUAACUCGAUCCCGAACAUACUGAAAGACAAGAAGUGUGCCGCAUUUGAAAAGCUGCAAGAGGACCGAUUCCAACAAGAAGCACAAGCCUAUAAGAAACAAAGCGGCGGCGGUAACUUCCUUAGUGGAUUAGGAGGUUUCCUGAAUACUGUUCGAGGCUGA